GAGGAAGGGAGGGGCGGGAGCUUCCGAGCAAUCAGAGAGCGAGCGAACGGCGGAAGUCCCACCCUUCUUCCUCCCUUUAUCCAAUUGAAAGGGAGGCGCGGGUCGGCGGCCAAUAGGAGCAGAGGGGAGGGGCGGGGCUUAGAGGCGGAGCCGGGGAGCGGCGGGGAGCGGCGCCGCCAUCUUGUCGCGGAGGAGCCGAGAGCUGCGGGCGGGACCCGGCGCGGGGCCUGGACAGCGCCAUUGAUGUCCAGCUCCCCGCUGUCGAAGAAGCGCCGCGUGUCCGGGUCACCUCAGCGCCUCAGUGCCACCAGCGUCCCCAGCACCGCCAGCCCCGCCAACGGAAUGGCGAGGAACGGCGGCGAGGCGGAGAUCGAUGAGGGGCUCUACUCCAGGCAGCUGUACGUGCUGGGCCACGAGGCCAUGAAGCGGAUGCAGACGUCCAACGUUUUGGUGUCGGGGCUGCGGGGGCUGGGGGUGGAGGUGGCCAAAAACCUGGUGCUGGGGGGGGUGAAAUCCGUCACCCUGCACGACCCGCAGCCGGCGGCCUGGGCGGAUCUGUCAUCACAGUUCUACCUGCGUGAGGCCGAUGUGGGGCAGAACCGCGCAGAGGCGACGCUGCCGCGCCUGGCGGAGCUCAACGCCUACGUGGGGGUCAGCAGCUGCACGGAGCCCCUGAGCGAGGAGCUGCUGCUGCCCUUCCAGGUGGUGGUGCUGACCAACUCCCCCCUGGAGGAGCAGCUGUGGGUCGGCGACUUCUGCCAUCGCCGCGGGAUCCAGCUGGUGGUGGCCGACACCAGGGGGCUCUUUGGGCAGCUCUUCUGCGACUUCGGGGACGACCUGGUGGUGACGGACCCCAACGGCGAGCAGCCGCUGAGCGCCAUGGUGUCCAUGGUGACCAAGGGCUGCCCGGGGGAGGUGACGUGCCUGGACGAGGCGAGGCACGGCUUCGAGAGCGGCGACUUCGUCACCUUCACCGAGGUGGAGGGCAUGGAGGAGCUCAACGCCUGCGGCCCCGUCCAGAUCCACGUCCUGGGUGCGGCCUGGCACCAGAGGGGGGACGGGGGGCCGAAUGGGGUCGG